CCACCUCGCUUAUCACCCGCCAACACGGGUACUUUGUGGAGCAAAUUGUGAUUCACCUGGCAGUAUUGAAAUACCUUUAGGUCUGUUUAAAGCAUUAAAAAGUGAAGAAAAAAUGCUGAAAAAGGUACUUUUUGCACUUUUUCUCGGUGCAAAUGUCCUUUGUGUCCUGACAGAGGAGAUUUGCUUGAAGAGUAAAAAUGAAGGGAAUUCAACGGUGUGCCUAAACCCUGCUAGGCCUGUAUCUAGCAGUGAUUUGGAUCAAUUUACAAUAAUGUGUAAACUGUCUCGAGGACAAUUUCCCUUCCAACCAAGAGGAGCACGUGAUGGUCCAAGCCCAAGGAUGGACAGAACAAAAGAUGGAGCACCUCAUAUAGGAUUCGCUGAUUCAAAGUUUGAGUAUCGCUACAGGUUUGAUUUUGAUCUGAGCGUAGACUGUGACGACGGGAUUAAGCACAUAGCUAGUGAUAUGUUCUGGAUGUCCAAUCCUGAACCAUCUAUGCAGUACCAGAAACUCAUUGCAAGGGAAUUCAAUGUGAAUGAUAAAGAGAGGAAUAACACCUGCCUUGGGUUUGUUGUUAACAUGGAUGAAAAGAUGGAGUUCAAGCCUGUUUAUCGGGAUGAUCUGUUCAACAUUCCCAAGGAGCCCUAUGCGUACGAAUACCUCGUUGUACGAGCUCCUCGCUCAAUUGAAUACAAUGUAACAGGCGUUAGUGAGAGCACACAGGAAACGUCUGUAGUUCCUGCAGAUAUGGGCUACUUCUCCUACUAUAAUCCCUCAGAAUACACGCAGAUCAUUGAAGUCUUCCUAGAUAACAAGUACUACGUCAGAUACAGCUUUGAUCCGAUCUCCUAUUCACGAGUUUAUAAGUCCACAACAUUUUAUUCCAUUAACGAAGACGACAGAACAAUUCCUGGGACUUCAAGCUACGACAUAAAUCAGAAAGUACCUUUUAACAUCUCCAUUCCUGCUUUUACAUCACUCACAGCACGUAUUGUAGGUAAAAGUGUUGAUGUUACAUCAACAAUCAAAGCAAUACAGAAGUCUGUUUACUCAGAUGACCUAGCUUCUGAGCCAAUUGAAGUUCAAGGAAAGAAAUACGAAACAUUCCUCACUGACUUCCAUUUGGAAGAUGCUCAGAUGCAUCAUACAUCAGAAGUUCUUGUUGUCAACUACACCACAAUCUAUGUAGCCUUGCUAUGCAUAGGCGUAGUCAUCGUGGCGUCUAUUCUUGUCUUCACAGUUCGCAUGGUGAUUAGGAGAAUCAAAGGAACUGCUCCUGUAGCUAGGAAUGAAGUUCCCUACCAAACACUUCAGGCUAACUCCUAAAACAUGCCGUUGUAAAGAUCCUAAAGAUUAGAGUAAAGUCUUUACCAGAAGUUCUGUAUUAAAUCUUGCAGGUUGAUUUUGAGCAUUUUCUACUUUUCCAAAGAUUUAGUUUUGACAGUUUUGACGACAAUUUUAACGUUUUCAGUGUGUUAGAAGAGUUAAGAAGGCUUUAUGAUUCCUCUAUGAUGAUUGUGUUAAAAAUAUAGACAUUUAUGAAUUAGUUUUUCCUAGAAAUAAUGUGUAUGUAACAAGCAAAGAUAACUUUAUCUGGAAUAAAUGAUUGUCUUUGAAAAUAAUAGAAAAAA